AUGCCGGUUCGAAAAGAAGAUGCACAUAGAGCCCUUGAACUUCUUGAGGACUACCUCACCAGGCUGAAUAAACCCCAGGAUCGUCCACUGAAGACAGCCAUAGAACGUGUAAUCAGAAUUUUCAAAAGUCGACUGUUUCAGGCAUUACUUGACAUCCAAGAGUUCUAUGAGUCCACACUUCUAGAUGAGAACAAGACUUCACAAGAGAAGACUUUGGAGACACUAAGAAUAGCCAGCAAAUGGGAGAGGGAGCAGCCAUUCACACACAACCACAGCAAAGCUGAGAGAAACAAUGCCAUAGACGAGGAAGACCUGCCACCGCCACCACCUGAGAUCUCCCAUGUGCGUCCUGCUCCGUCACCUGUUGGAGAAGACAGACCUGGCAGUAAAGCUUCCUUGGCUGUGACCUCUAGAAUGGUCUGGGAAAUUAAGGAGAAGCGGAAGCCCAGUAUAGUGUUGAUGAUGCUGUCAUGGCUGCACUUCCGGUACACGGGCCGGCCGCACCAGCGGAGCAGCCGGUCCGUCAGCUUCAAGAAGUACGUGGACCUGAUCACGUACGACAGGGAGUACCUGGUGUCCUUCCUC